UGCACGUUGGUUUCAUUGAUAGAAUGGGAAUAUAGAGCAAGAAGUAGAAGGUCCAUAACAAAAAUAACCUCCAUCACAUUCCACAUACUCCAAAUUACAUUAUCUCUCCCUUUAUCUUCUUAUAUACUGUUUGUGUGAUUGGAAAGAUCACAAGGAGAAGAAAAAAAAAUGAAGAUAUUUUUUCUUGUUUCUCUUUUGUUUCUUCUAUUCUCAUUUUCCACCGCAAAGAAAUUUACACAUCCCAAAUUUCCAUCCCCUCAAGCUGAAUCAAUAUUUCAUCAAUCUCCGAAAACAGAGUUAUAUGAAACCAAGUACUUCACUCAAAUUCUUGAUCAUUUCAACUAUCAUCCACAAAGCUACCAAACUUUUCAAGAAAGGUAUUUGAUCAAUUCUCAGUAUUGGGGAGGUGCUGAAAAGAAUGCACCAAUUUUCGUCUACACUGGAAAUGAAGGUGACAUCGAAUGGUUUGCGCAAAACACCGGCUUCAUGUUCGAGAUUGCGCCUCAUUUUAAAGCUCUCCUGGUGUUUCUAGAGCAUAGAUAUUAUGGGAAAUCAAUUCCAUUUGGUGGUGAUAAAGAAAUUGCUUAUAGUAAUUCAACUACACUUGGGUAUUUAAGUUCCACACAAGCUUUGGCUGAUUAUGCCACUUUGAUUAUUGAUUUGAAGAAGAAUUUAACUGCUCAAGAUUCACCAGUUGUGGUCUUUGGUGGUUCCUAUGGAGGAAUGUUAGCAGCAUGGUUCAGGUUAAAAUAUCCACAUGUAGCAAUUGGAGCCUUAGCAUCAUCCGCACCAAUAAUAGGUUUUCAAGGAAUUGUUUCACCAUACAGCUUCAACAACAUUAUAACACAAGAUUUCAAGGGCGUGAGUGAAAAUUGUUACAAAGUGAUAAAGGAAUCCUGGAAGUUGAUCGAAGAAACUGAACAGCAACACGGUGGUUUGGAUUUGCUAAAAAAAUCAUUCAAACUUUGCGACUCGAAGCCGGUAGAGUAUUGGCUCCAAACAGCAUUUGUAUACACAGCCAUGACCGACUAUCCAACUCCUUCAAAUUUUCUGAAUCCUUUGCCGGCCUAUCCCAUAAGACAGAUGUGCAAAGCGAUUGAUGAUCCAACAAUUGGUCAUGAUACUUUUGCGAAAUUAUACGGAGCAGCAAACAUCUACUAUAAUUCCAGCGGUACUGCGACAUGUUUUAAUCUGAGCGACCAUUCAGAUCCCCAUGGCCUAGCUAUGUGGACAUGGCAGGCAUGCACAGAGAUGAUACUACCAACAGAUGGAAGUGAUGAGAAGAGUAUAUUCCCAUCCUCGGAAUGGAACUUGACUGAUCGAGCUACUUUCUGUAAGAAAUAUUUAGGUGUUGAGCCCAGGCCCAAUUGGGCUACCACUGAAUUUGGUGGCAUGGAUAUAACGAGGGUUUUAAAAAGGUUUGGAAGUAACAUGAUCUUCUUUAAUGGCUUGAGAGACCCUUGGAGUGGUGGAGGUGUUUUGAAGAGCAUAUCAAAGAGUAUCGUUGCCAUAGUAGCAAAACAAGGUGCUCACCAUGUGGACCUAAGGUUCUCAGAUAAAGAAGAUCCGAAGUGGCUUCAAGACGUGAGAAAGAAAGAGAUUCACAUCAUACGCAAGUGGAUUGAUCAAUAUUAUCAUGAUCUUUCCGGAGAUCUCUCAUAUAAUGGUACCUAAAAAGAUCAUAUAUUUUUUGCCAUUUAUAAGAUGACAGCAAUUGAUUCUUAAUUCCAUCGGCAAUCCGCAUGCAUCAUGCUUCAUGCUUUCUCCUUUAUCUACAUCGUAUGUAUUACAAUAAGAUCUCAUCCCAUAUAUUUAAGCAUUAAGGUUACAGGCCGUGUACCUUACAGAAAAGCAAAAGAAGCUUCCUUUCAAUAGAUUUCUCAUUUUUUUA